AUGCGUGUCCAUGAGCAAGAGGUUGUAGAUGAACAUAAGAUCAGUCUAAGGAAGAGAUGUGAAUGUGUGACAGAAGGAACUGAUGAAACAGGAAGUGGAACCCUCCUCAACAGGAUCUACACUGAGCUCUACAUCACAGAGGGACAGAGUGAAGACGUUAAUACCCAACAUGAGGUGAGGCAGCUUGAGACAGCUUCCAAGAAGAAGACCCUCCAUGACACUCCAAUCAAGUGCCAGGACAUCUUUAAAGCCUUACCUGACCAACAGGGACACAUCAGAGUUGUUCUGACGAACGGCGUCGCUGGCGUUGGAAAAACCUUCUCAGUGCAGAAGUUCACUCUGGACUGGGCAGAGGGCUUGGAAAACCAAGAUGUCAGUCUGGUGGUUCUGCUUUCGUUCAGGGAGCUGAACUUGAUCAGAGAUGAGCAGUACAGUCUUCUCAUGCUGCUCCAUGUUUUCCAUCCAACAUUACAGAAGGUCACAGCAGAGAAGCUCGCUGUUUGUAAAGUUCUGUUCAUCUUUGACGGCCUGGAUGAAAGCAGACUUUCACUGGAUUUCCACAACAAUGAGGUUGUGUCUGAUGUCACCCAGAAGUCAUCAGUCAACGUGCUGUUGACAAACCUCAUCGAGGGGAAUCUGCUUCCCUCAGCUCUCAUCUGGAUAACUUCCCGACCUGCAGCAGCCAAUCAGAUCCCUCCUGCAUGUGUUGACAGGGUAACAGAAGUACGAGGCUUCACUGACGCCCAGAAGGAGGAGUACUUCAGGAGGAGAGUCAGUGAUGAAGAGCUGUCCAGCAGAAUCAUCUCACACAUCAAGACAUCCAGGAGCCUCCACAUCAUGUGUCUAAUCCCAGUCUUCUGCUGGAUCACUUCUACAGUUCUGGACCACAUGUUGACUACAGACCAGAGAGGAGAGCUGCCCAAGACCCUGACUGACCUGUACUCACACUUCCUGUUGGUUCAGACAAAGAGGAAGAAACAGAAGUACGGUGAGGGACAUGAGACGAGUCCACAGGAGCUGACGAAGGCUGACAGGGAAGUUCUACUGAAGCUGGGGAGGCUGGCGUUUGAACAUCUGGAGAAAGGAAACAUCAUGUUCUACCAAGAAGACCUAGAGCGGUGUGGUCUUGAUGUCACAGAGGCCUUGAUGUACUCAGGAGUUUGUACAGAGAUCUUCAAAAGAGAGUGUGUGAUCUUCCAGAAAACAGUCUACUGCUUUGUUCAUCUGAGCAUUCAGGAGUUUCUGGCUGCAGUCUACCUGUUCCACUGUUACACAAACAGCAACACAAAGGUACUGGAAGACUUCAUGGGAGAAGACUACAAGCACAGAGAGUCAAACCCAAAGUUUUCUCUCAAGAACAUCUCUAAGUAUUUUGGAAGUCGUGGGCCAUCUCUGGAUUUCUUCCUGAAGAGAGCUAUGGAGAAAUCCCUUGAAAGUAAAAAUGGCCACCUGGACCUGUUUGUUCGCUUCCUUCAUGGCCUCUCUCUGAAGUCCAACCAGAGACUCUUAGGAGGUCUGCUGGGUCGGAGAAAGAACAGUUCAGGAAGCAUCCACAGAGCCAUCAACAACCUGAAGGAGAUGAACAAAGAUAAUAUCUCUCCUGACAGAAACAUCAACAUCUUCCACUGUCUGACGGAGAUGAACGACCACUCACUACAAGAGGAGAUCCAAAAGUUCCUGAAGUCAAAGAACAGAUCAGAGAAGAGACUUUCAGAGAUCCACUGUUCAGCUCUGGCCUACAUGCUGCAGAUGUCAGAGGAGGUUCUGGAUGAGUUGGACCUGAAGAAGUACAACACAACAGACGAGGGACGACUGAGACUGAUUCCAGCUCUGAGGAACUGCAGAAAAGCUCUGUAA